AUGUUUAGAAACUUUAAAACAAUAAAAUAUUAUGUGAAAUAUAUUUUCUUUUGCUUUAUGAUGACAAUCGUACCAACAUUACUGCUUCCAUAUUUUCUGAUGCGACCAAAGAAUGUUCUUAAUUUAAUACCAGCUAGUAAAAUCCUUAGAAUAACUUCAAGAAUUAUUGGAGUGAAAUUCACUCUUCGAGGUCAUAAACAUUUAGAAGAAGAACGAGCUGCUGUUAUUAUUUCAAACCAUCAAUCGAGUUUAGACAUUUUAGGGAUGUUAGAAAUAUGGCCAGUAAUGAAACGAACGACUGUCAUUGCUAGAAUGCUUCUUUUAUUUGCCGGUCCUUUUGGUAUCGGUGCAUGGCUUUGUGGUCUUGUGUUUAUAAAUAAAGAUUCAGCUGAUCGAGGGAAAAAGAAAAUGAACAAAGCGAUGGAAAAGCUUAAAAAUGAGAAAACUAAGUUGUGGGUGUUUCCUGAAGGUUAUCGAAACCGUGCGGGGACAAUUGAUGAGUUCAAGAAAGGAGCUUUUCAUUUAGCAAUUGACGCACAAGUUCCAAUAAUUCCAGUCGUGUUCAGUUCAUAUCUAACAUUUACAUCAAAAGAAAAGAAAAUCUUCAAUUCAGGUGAAAUUCUCAUUGAAGCUUUACCGGCAAUUCCAACGAAAGGAUUGAAAAGUGAAGACAUCAAUGAACUUAUAAAAACGACCAGAGAUAUAAUUGUGAAAAAAUAUGAAGAGUUAAAUUCCGAGAUAGAAAAUAAAAAGAAGAGUUAA